AUGGCAGCGCCAAAACCUUCAGAUACGAACUUCCAUGUAAUGAGUUUGCCAGCUCUGCUCGUCUACAAGUAUACCCCAGCCAGCUCUGCUCGGCUACAAGUAUACCCCAGCCAGCUCUGCUCGGCUACAAGUAUAUCCCAGCCAGCUCUGCUCGUCUACAGGUAUACCCAGCCACCUCUGCACUUCUACAAGUAUACCCAGCCCGCUCUGCUCGUCUACAAGUAUCCCCAAGCCAGCUCUGCUCGUCUACAAGAAUACCCAGCCACCUCUGCUCGGCUACAAGUAUACCCCAGCCACCUCUGCCCGUCUAAAAGUAUCCCCAGCCACCUCUGCUCGGCUACAAGGAUAACCCAGCCAGCUCUGCUCGUCUACAAGUAUAACCCAGCCAGCUCGGCUCGUCUACAAGUAUACCCAGCCACCUCUGCUCGUCUAAAAGUAUACCCCAGCCACCUCUGCUCGGCUACAAGUAUAACCCAGCCAGCUCUGCUCGUCUACAAGUAUACCCAGCCACCUCUGCUCGUCUACAAGUAUACCCAGCCAGCUCUGCUCGUCUACAAGUAUAUCCCAGCCAGCUCUGCUCGUCUACAAGUAUACCAAGCCAGCUCUGCUCGUCUACAAGUAUACCCCAGCCAGCUCUGCUCGUCUACAAGUAUACCCCACCCAGCUGUGCUCGUCUACAAGUAUACCCAGCCACCUCUGCUCGUCUACAAGUAUACCAAGCCAGCUCUGCUCGUCUAA